ACUGGUAACAGGCAGUGUGAGCAUUUUAACCAGACUUUCCAUAAUCUUUUACGCACUUUACCAAAGUCAAAGAAGAAGGCUUGGGCCUAUUAUAAUCCACAGAUGCAUUUCAGCUAUAACACCAUGCCCCAUAAAGGAAUUGGUGAGUCCCCAUACUUUUUAAAUGUUGGACGAGGGAGCUUUUUCUUGUUAACAACACACAUAGUAGUUGAUAUGCGAGACACAGAGGAGGAAGCCGGAGUGAAAGCAAACAGAGUUUAUUGCCAAAAGCACGGAAGUAGAGUAAUCCGGUGGUGCGCGGUGGAAGCGCGGCUCACAAAAGGUCCAGAGUUAGAAAGGCAGUCUGUGUAAUCCGGUGGUGCGCGGUGGAAGCGCGGCCCACAAAGUCCAGAGUUAUGGGAAGAAUGGCAGUCGGUGUAAUACCCAGGGGAGCGCUUAGGAGAGGCACGAAGCUGAACACUAACACGGGAGUGUAGCGGAAUGAACAACCAAACCAUGGACAAUAACUGACGCAUUGUUAUCUAUUCCAGCAGAAGAGAUCAGACUCUCCAGGACUGUGUGUGCAAACCUUACUAAUAUUCAGCUAUGGAGACUCCUGAUCUGGACACAGAUGUUUCCCCAACAUCAAACAACUGUAAACUCCAGGGAAAGAGAUCAGAUUCACCAGCACCCAGCUGUAUCUCCAUGAAGAGUGAUCAGUCCUUGGAUCAUCCUCUGUUAUUUAAUGAUGGAGACUUCUCACAGCUACACAGUGUUCUACAGAAGGCAGGAGACAGAACAGAAACAGACAUCACAGAUACAGGGCAUGACCCAAAAUCUGCUGCUUUAAAUGAAUCCCAGAAAAAGUUCAAAUUAAAUCUGAUGAAAAAGUUUCAGUGUUUGAAUGGCGUGAUAAUAAACCUGAGAACCCAAACACUCCUGAAUGAGAUCUACACAGAGCUCUACAUCACAGAGGGAGACAGUGGAGAAGUCAAUAAUGAACAUGAGGUGAGACAGAUCGAGGCAGCAUCCAGGAGAACAAUAACAGAGGAAACACCAAUCAAAUGCAAUGACAUCUUUAAGCCUUUAUCUGGACAAGACAAACCCAUCAAAACUGUGCUGACAAAAGGAAUUGCUGGCAUCGGAAAAACAGUCUCUGUGCAGAAGUUCAUACUGGACUGGGCUGAAGGGAAAGCGAAUCAGAAUGUCCACCUCAUAUUUCCACUUCCUUUCAGAGAGCUGAACUUGAUGAAGGACCAGAAACUGAGUCUGAUUGAGCUCCUUCAUAUCUUUUUUAAGGAAACAAAUGAAACCGAAAUGUCCAGUUUGGAAAAGGUUCUGUUCAUUUUUGACGGAUUGGACGAGUUCCGUUUUUGUCUAGAUUUCCAGAACACAGUGAGAGUCUGUGAUGUAACUGAAUCAGCAUCAGUGCCUGUGCUCCUGAUAAACCUGAUCAAAGGGAAUCUGCUUCCCUCUGCUCUCAUCUGGAUCACGUCUCGACCAGGAGCAGCUGAUCAAAUCCCCUCUGAGUGUGUGCAUCGAGUCACAGAGGUACGAGGGUUCAAUGAGCCACAGAAAGAGGAGUAUUUCAGGAAGAGGAUCAGUGAUCAGAGCCUGGCCAAUAACAUCAUCAACCACCUGAAGUCAUUAAGAAGCCUUUACAUCAUGUGUCACAACCCAGUCUUCUGCUGGAUUUCAGCCACUGUUCUAGAGAGAAUAUUGGGUGAAGCAGAGAGUGGAAUGAUCCCCAAGACUCUGACCCAAAUGUACACACACUUCCUAAUCAUUCAGACAAAAAUCAUCAGAGAAAAAUACUCAAAGAACCAGGAGAGUGAUGAAGAAAUGCUACUUCAACUGGGGCAGCUGGCUUUUCAGCAGCUGAUGAAAGGAAACCUGAUUUUCUAUGAGGAAGACCUGAGAGAGUGUGGCAUUGAUGGGAGAGAAGCAGCAGUGUACUCCGGUAUAUGUACGCAGAUAUUCAGAGAGGAGUUUUGGCUUCACCGGAGUAAAGUGUACUGCUUUGUUCAUCUGAGUGUUCAGGAGCAUCUUGCAGCUCUGUAUGUGCACCUGACUUUCAUGAAGGAAAAGAAAAAUGUUCUAAUAGAGAACAAGGCUUCAAUUUUUUUUACAUUUUCAGAUGUACUCAAAAGUGCUGUAGAUCAGGCUUUAAGAAGUCAGACUGGACAUCUAGAUAUUUUCCUUCGCUUUCUUCUGGGACUCUCACUGGAUUCCAAUAUGAAUCUCUUACAUGCUUUAUUGUCACAGACAGGAGGCAGCUCCAAGAGCACAAAGGAAACAGUUCAGUACAUUAAGAAGAAGAUAAGUGAAGGUCUUCCUACAGAGAAAUCCAUCAAUCUUUUUCACUGUCUGAAUGAAGUCGGUGAUAAUUCUCUAGUGGAAGAAAUCCAACGCUACCUGAAAUCUGGAACAGAAAGUAAACUCUCUUCUUCACAGUGGUCUGCUCUGGUGUUCAUGUUACUGACAUCAGCACAGGAGCUGGAAGAAUUUGACCUGAGUAAAUAUUUCAGUACACAUAGGAUAACAGAAGAUGUUGUUCUGAAGAUGGUGCCUGUGAUUGCAGCAUCCAGAAAAGCAAUUAUCAGCUGUGAUACACUUGGAGUGAAAAGUUGGUCAUCUCUGGUCUCAGCACUCAGCUCAGAAACCUCCAAUCUGAGAGAACUUCAUCUGACUGUGAAAACACUGAAUCUGUUUGGGAAUAAUCUAGGAGACUCAGGAGUGAAGCAUCUUUCUGCUGGACUGGAGAAUCCGCACUGUAAACUGGAGACACUGAGGUUGUUCAAUUGUGGUGUCUCAGAUGAAGGCUGUGCUGCUCUGACUUCAGCUCUGAGAUCAAACUCCUCACACCUGAAACAACUGAAUCUGUCUGAGAAUAAACUAGGAGACUCAGGUGUGAGGAGUCUCUCUGCUCUACUGGAGAAUCCUCACUGUAAACUGGAGACACUGAGGUUGUGUAAUUGUGGUGUCUCAGAUGAAGGUUGUGCUGCUCUGACUUCAGCACUGAGAUCAAACCCCUCACACCUGAGACAACUGAAUCUGUCUGAGAAUAAAAUCGGAGAUUCAGGAGUAAAAAGUCUCUCUGCUGUACUGGGGAAUCCUCACUGUAAAAUGCAGAAACUGAGGUUGCAUAAAUGUGGUGUCUCUGAUGAAGGCUUUGCUGCUCUGGCAUCAGCUUUGAGAUCAAACCCCUCACACAUGAGAGAACUGGAUCUGUCCUCUAAUAAUCUAGGAGACUCAGGAAUGUAUAGUCUCUCUGCUGUACUGGAGAACCCUUACUGUAAAUUGGAGACACUGAGGUUGCAUAAUUGUGGUGUCUCAGAUAAAGGCUGUGCUAAUCUGACAUCAGCUCUGAGAUCAAACCCUUCACACCUGAGAGAACUGGAUCUGUUUGAGAAUAAACUAGGAGAUUCAGGAGUGAAGAGUCUCUCUGCUGUACUGGAGAAUCCUAACUGUAAACUGGAGACACUGAAGUUGUGUAAUUGUGGUGUCUCAGAUGAAGGCUGUGCUGCUCUGACUUCAGCUCUGAGAUCAAACCCCUCACACUUGAAAGAACUGGAUCUGUCUUUUAAUAAAAUAGGCGCCUCAGAAAAAAAGCUGCUAUUUGCUCUUAAGGAUGAUGAACAUUACAAACUACUGACACUGAAGCUGUAAUGAAUAUCAGAGAGCAUGAGGAAGACUCUGGUGUUCUUGCAUUUCUAUGUUGGGGAAGAGAACAUGUUUAUAAAUACAUAAUUUAUUUAGUAAACAUAAACAGACUCAAAGACUUGCAAGCAAUUAUGUACUGUAUAGAGUGUAUAAUGAUCCCUAAUCACUGGAUAAAAUUCCCCCAACCUCAAUCCCAUAAUAACCUGAUGGAUAAACCAUACCAAUCAGUGAGAAGGAGAGGAAUAACAUGGACAGGAACAGUUUCACGACAUUUGUGGAAUUCUCACCUGAUAGGACUGGCAUGUGAGGAGUUUAUCUACAGAUUUUGUCUGAGGAAGCUUCUAGUUGACUUGCUGCAGUUCUCAUGUAUCACUGUCUUUUGGGUAAUUAAUUUAAUAAUAAUAAUACAUUUUAUUUAAAGGCACCUUUCUGAACACUCAAGGUCACUGUACAAAAAACAACAAAGACCAUCAGAAUCGAAUAGCUACAUUGCGAUACAAAUUAGACCAGCAGUACAAAUUAUGAUGUAGAAUAAGCUAAACUAAACAGAUGAGUUUUAAGCUGAGAUUUAUAUAAUGAAAGAGAAUCAAUAUUACAGAGUUCAGAUGGAAGUGAGUUCCAGAGCUGAGGUGCAGAGUAACUGAAAGCUCUGUUC